ACCUCUCUCUAUCCCUCUUCUAUCUCGGCCAACCUCUACAACACACCCUCUCCCCUCUCUCUCUCUCUCUCGUUCAAACUCUCUAUCGCUUCUCCUUUUACACUCACACUCUCCCUCACACCAUCGACAUCUACCAGUCUCCUCCUCCUCCUCUUCCACCCCCACCCCACUCUUCUAUCAUCACCCAUACCGACCAUCUUAACCGGUAUCUUUCAGUUGGUGAGUUCCACAUGCCUGCCUCAAAAUAUAACAAGCAAAACAACUCAAUAACAACAGAUAUAAUUCAUUGCUAAAUAUUCCAAGCGGAUACCAAAACGUUGCUCAUGUUUUCUGUUUUUGGUGAAAAUAUUCCCAUCGGUUUGUAUAUUCUAUAUAUGUAACGAACGGAAAUUCACGUUUAAAGGGAAGCCGUAAAAUGAAAAAUAGCAACAUAUGUUGCGAUAUCUCUGAAAGUAAAUCUUUGGAUUGUCAUUUAUUCUUCUGAUGCAGAACAUUGAAGUUAAUCUACAAAUAUUUGCCAAAUUCCUCACAUCAAUUGGUGAUGAUUUACUUCUUAUUUAUAGAGGAAUUUCUUGAAUUCAGAAUCUCAGAUGGAUUCACACAGAAUACCAAGAUUUCAGAAUAAGCACUACAAAGAGAUGUCUUUAAAAAUCCUGUAAAAGGAAACGUUGUCAUGGGAACCCGAUAUUAUUCGUUAUAAUUCUUUCGUAAAAUCAAUAACCUUCACUAUAACAUUCCGUAUCUUUGAAAAGAAUGAUUGUUAUGGUUUAUAAUACAACAGCAACAACAAAUAUUAGUAGUGUAUCAAUGGCAUAAGUGAAGGAAAAGCGCUUUGUGUAUACAUUCGCCAGCGGAGAGAAAGCUAGGUCGUCAGAGGAAAGAAAUUAGGGCGAAAAGAUAGAAAACGACAAGAAUACUAACGAAAAUAGCAACAAAGAUCAUAACAAUAGCACCAAUAAUAGCAACAGUAAUAAAUGUUUUACACACAACAACACAAUUAAUAGAAAUAUUACGAGGAUUAAAAGACGCAUAAAAUAUAACACACACACACACGCACAUAUGCAUAUAUAAAAUUUAUCUGCAACUGAAGACAAAGAAUAAAGAAUGAAUAUGGAGAAUCUAUUAAAUUUAACUUCAUUCCUAGAAGACGGAAAUGAUAUGAACAUGAAUAGUGUCACCGAAGACGGCAGAUUCGAAUUCGACGACGGAAAUGUUACAAGUAUACCGGAAGUUGUUCGAGGUGGCAACUUUUCUCGGCGAUUAAUCAUAGACAUCGGCAUUGAAUUAAGGAUAACAUUUCAUGCGCUCAUUUUUAUAUUAGCUGUGACCGGAAACUCGUUGGUUAUUACAGUUUUAGCAAAGAACAAAAGGAUGAGAACCGUUACCAAUGUAUUUCUUUUGAAUUUGGCUAUAAGUGACCUUCUAUUAGCCGUCUUCUGCAUACCGUUCACUUUGAUUCCAGUUAUCUUGAGGAACUUCAUCUUUGGUCCCGUUAUGUGUGUAUUGGUUCGUUAUUUACAAGUCAUUAAGGUACGGCCAUGCUGGGGCACUGCCUUCGAGAAAUGUUAGUUGAAUGAAUCAACGCCAGUAUGUUUUUAUUUAAG